AUGUCGGACUGCGAUCCAGCUGCUGUAGAGGAGCAGAAGGCCGCAGAGGAACCUCCUGGUCUUGGUUCUCCUGGUCCUGGACGUCCCCCCCUAGCAGAGAAGGCCCUGUCGGAGGCCUUUGCUCGGUUGCGGUACCGGGACACGUCCCUGCUGAUCUGGCAGCAGCAGCAGCAGGAUCUGCAGGCGGCGCCCCCCUCCACCUACCUGAACCGCAGCCAGUCGGCCUGGUACAGCAGCUUCGGGAACCAGGCCGUGCUGGUCCGGGACAAGAGGGGCCUGGAGGACGCAGAGGGACGGUCCAGGAUCUGCAGCGUCAUGUAGGCAGGAACCAGAAACGUGAACAGACUGGUUUGAUUUAAGCCAGAGACUGAACUCCAUGUAUUUCUGAGUGGAUUAAAGUUUCUGGUAACUUUAUUUUACUGUUCCAAACUUAAAACUAAGCCACGCCGGGUACAGUGGGCCCGGUAGUUCACCUGGUAGAGCGCGUACCAUUAAGGCCCAGGUUCGAUUCCAACCCGGGGCCCUUUGCUGCAUGUCCCCCCCCUUCCUGUCUCUCUCUGCAGCUGUCUAAUAAAGGCAAAAAAAUCACAAAAAAAUCUAUUUGAUUUUCCCUUCUAACCUUAAACUGUUUCGUUUCUUAGAGGCCUGAAACUCCCAAAAUAAUUGGAAGUUUCCCAACUGAAUCCGUGUAAUUAGGACCAAAUUACAGAGUUCUUUCCGAGGAACUUCUUUGGAAACGAUAAAGUUUUACCAGGCUGAACCUCGGAGCUUCAGUCACCUGAGUUUGUUGAAGGAGCUUAAAUCCUCUGUUUUCAUUCAGUAGUCUGGUCUGUUUCUUCUUCCUGUGGGCUGAACGACAUCGCAUCCAGAUUUUUUUCCCCAACAGGUCCAGUUCGGAGUCUUGAUUAAAAAAAUAAAAAUAAAACAGUAAAGUUCAGGUUUUGGUGUCAGUUUCUCAGAAGAGAGGACAGAUAUUCAACAACCACAGAGAGAAGAAGAAACAAACUGCUGUAAGCUUCAUCUUUGUUUCAUUCUUCUGACACCAACAGGUGACGGUCUGAUACACACCUGACACCUUCUGAUGUUUUAGCUCAUCGCCUUUUCAGCAAAAAUAAAAUGUUUAAAUUUUGGA